AUGCACAAACCGGACCCGGAAGAACCGGAGAAAAGCCGACCAGCAUCGAGGAGGAAUUCCGCCAGUCUCUCGAGGCGAAGUAGUGUAGACAAGCCUCAUUCGGCGAACACGACUCCGAAGAAGACACAAAAGAGCUUUGAUUUUCUUGUCACUGGCAAGCAGAUAUUGAAGAAAAGCGAGCGAGCCAGUUCCCUGCCGGGCGGCUACCACCGGCGCCAAUCCACCGAAUCCCUGCUCAAGAAGAGAGUCGAUUCGCCAAAGAAGAUUACUCAGAAGAGCAGAGAGGCAUCCUUGGAAGAUGACCUCUCUCUGGAUUUGUCACAAGUCUCGGAUUUUGAGGACACAAAUUCCAAAUACGGAAUUAAGAAGUUCACGACGUCGACACCCAAGAAGGUGCACAGGCGGUUGAUUCAGAGUGUAUUGACAGACAAACAUAACAAAUCCAUGGAAUCCAGGAGCAAGGAGAGUUCCUUUAGUCGCGAUAGCUAUAAGUCAAGCGGUAGUACAUAUAGGCAUACAAUGAGCACCGAAAUGGAGUGCUCCUCCGCGUCUCCAAUAUCAGUUCCCUCUUCGAGUGAGAGCGUCCAAUUCCCACCAGACACCAUGAUGUCAUCCAGGAGUCAGGAUUUACUUGACAGUUGCUGCGUGAGCACCUGGCAAGAGUCUGAAGCGAAAGUUCCAGGCGAAUGGAGUAACUUUUGGGCGAAUUACAAUAACUCGUUGGCAAGGGUCCCCAUCAACAGAUACUACGACCAAUGUCCAACGCCCUACCGCACCGAGGACUUUGAUCUUACGGACUUGGAUCUCUCCAACGAAGCACUCAAACGCUCACCAGAAGAUAUCAGUAACAUUAACUAUAUUAUUCGGAACGAAGGGUUGCAUUUAACCCCCCGGGAAACACAAAAUAUAAUAAAAUGCACGCAUAUUUUAGGCAACGUACUAACAAAAGCUAUGGAGAGACAAUCGAAAGAACGAGAUUUGCUAAAGCAAGAUAUAGAUACCAUAGAUCCAGAGAAAGAAAUAAGAAAAAAGUCACUGUCGUUGAAUCUGAAAGAGACAGCGCUACCGCUGGAGGUCAAAGAGGAAAAGAGAUGCGAGACGGUACCGACACAGACUGACAUUUCGUUGCCGAACACGAAGAGUGCGCCGAAAAUCUUCGAGAAGAUACUGCGUCAAUUGUCAAAAACGUCACUCGAUGAGAAAGUGAUUAAUGAAAAUCCAGAAGAGACAGAGGCGCGUGCGGACGUCGAAGAAGAGAAUUAG